AUGUACCUGAUCACUGUGUUUGGAAAUUUGCUCAUCAUCCUGGCUGCCAUUUCUGACUCCCCCCUCCACACGCCCAUGUACUUCUUCCUCGCCAACCUGUCCCUUGUGGACAUCUGCUUCACCUCCACCACCGUCCCCAAGAUGCUGUGGAACAUCCAGACUCAGAGCAAAUUCAUAACCUAUGCAGGCUGCCUCAGCCAGAUGUAUUUUUUCUUACUCUGUGUAGAGUUGGAUGACUUUCUCCUAUCUGCAAUGGCCUAUGACCGGUUUGUGGCCAUCUGUCACCCUUUGCACUACACAGUCAUCAUGAACCCCCAGCUCUGUGGACUGCUAUUUCUGGUGUCCUGGCUCUCCGUUGUCUCUUUAUUUUACUGUACAGGCCUAGGUGUGCACCUUAGCUCUGCUGCCACCCAGAGCUCCCACUCAGGUGCAAUAGCAUCAGUGAUGUACAUAGUGGUCACACCCAUGCGGAACCCCUUCAUCUACAGCCUGAGGAACAGAGACAUAAAGAGGGCUUUGAAAAGAAUCGCUGGGAUUCCAGUGACAUAA